CUGCUUCGCUCUAUAGUCUAUGGUUGCACUAUGGCUGCAGUAGCCACAACGGUAGUUGCGCGGUAUUGCGUGAUACUAUCGGAUUUUUAACAACUAUGGCUAAAGGUGAUAAAGAACUGGAAAAACCCAUUGUUAAUAAUGAAUUACCAAACCCGGAGUGUCGUAGUGCAGAUCAGGAAGACUCGGAAUCGACACAAGAACAGCCCCUUGACAUAGGGGAGCAUUAUUUAGUGCGGCGUUCAGAUGAGUCAUGGCACCCGGCGGAGAUAAUCCAAACGCGGUACAACGCCGCGGACUCCGGCUUCGAAUACUAUGUGCACUAUGUGGGCUACGACCGAAGGCUCGACGAGUGGGUUUCCCGCCAUCGCGUCAUGUCCGAUAGGUUUGACAUGUGCGAGCAGUCGAAUAACAAUUUGAAUUCCGACCACCUGCUCACCGACAAGUCCGGCCGGAAGAUAACUCGGAAUCAGAAACGUAAACAUGACGAGAUCAACCACGUCCAGAAGUCCUAUGCAGAAAUGGACCCUACGACCGCUGCACUAGAGAAAGAACAUGAAGCCAUCACGAAAGUUAAAUACAUCGACAAAAUUCAAAUUGGAAAAUACGAGAUCGAUACUUGGUAUUUCAGUCCUUAUCCUGAUGAAUAUGGUAAACAGUCAAAAUUAUGGAUAUGCGAAUACUGCUUAAAAUAUAUGAGAAUGGAGAAAACAUACAGGUAUCAUCUCAGUGAGUGUACAGCGAGACAACCACAGGGCAGUGAAAUAUACAGAAAAGGCACCAUUGCAAUAUUUGAAGCAGAUGGGAAAGAGCAUAAAAUUUAUUGCCAGAAUCUAUGUUUACUAGCAAAGUUAUUUUUAGACCAUAAAACAUUGUAUUUUGAUAUAGAACAGUUCUUAUUCUACAUCCUGUGUGAGGUGGACAAGCAGGGUGCGCACUUAGUUGGAUACUUUUCUAAAGAGAAGGAUUCCCCUGAAGGUAACAACGUAGCUUGUAUACUAACCCUACCCCCGUACCAGAGACAAGGCUACGGCAAGCUGCUGAUUGCAUUUAGCUAUGAGCUCUCAAGACUAGAGCAAGUGGUUGGUAGUCCAGAGAAGCCGUUGUCAGACCUCGGCAAGCUCAGUUAUCGAUCAUACUGGUCUUAUGUGCUGUUGGAAGUGUUGAGUGCGAGUCGAGGCACAUUGAGCAUCAAAGAUCUCAGUCAAAUGACUGGAAUAUCACAAACAGACAUUAUAUCUACGCUCCAGUCUAUGAAUAUGGUGAAAUACUGGAAGGGCCAGCAUGUGAUCUGUGUUACUCCAAAAAUAGUUGCGGAGCAGCUUUCUAGCUCUCAUUUCAAGAAGCCUCGGCUGUGUGUAGACCCGUCGGCAUUGAGGUGGGUCCCUCCGAACAAGCAGGGGCAUUCCGCUAAGGCUAAAAAGUAGUACAGGCUAACAGGCAGGGCCUAGAGAAGAUUACACCGUUAGUUGCUACCAAAGGAUUCUCUGGGUACAGGCCUGUUUGACAACUUUAUUUUACAACUGCAUGCAGUGAGGACUCUCGACUAGAGUAUUAGUAUUGAUAGCUUGUUAUGAAAAUAGUAAUUAUGCAGUUACUUACCCAGCAGCCUAAUUUCCAUGCUAAGUUGAAUAUUGCCAAUUAUUUAGUAUAUUU